UCGGGCUCCUUAGCGGUGUAUUGUGGGAUGUGCGGCUACUGGGAGCCGAGCCUCCGCCGCCAGCCGCCUCCCGGGCAGCAGCAACAGCAGCAGCAGCAGCGGCGGCAACAGCGGCGGCGGCGGCGGCGGCAGCAAGGGCAGCGGCACCUCGGGGCCCGGCAGCCGCUAAGGCGGCGUCCCCCCCAUCCCGGCCCCCGGUCCGGCCGCCCCGGCCUCGGCUCCCGCGGGGGACACCAUGUACUGGCUGGCGGCGCAGGGAGGCCGGCGCCCGGCGGGGAUGUUGGGUUAACGGCAUGGAGAACAGUCACCCCCACCACCACCACCAGCAGCCCCCGCCGCAGCCCGGCCCUUCGGGCGAGAGGAGGAACCACCAUUGGAGAAGUUACAAGUUGAUGAUUGACCCGGCUCUGAAAAAGGGGCACCAUAAACUGUACCGCUACGAUGGGCAGCAUUUCAGCCUGGCGAUGUCCAGCAACCGCCCGGUGGAGAUCGUGGAAGAUCCCCGGGUGGUCGGAAUCUGGACCAAAAACAAGGAGCUGGAGCUGUCUGUGCCCAAAUUCAAGAUCGAUGAGUUCUACGUGGGCCCUGUGCCUCCAAAGCAGGUGACAUUUGCCAAGCUGAAUGACAACGUCCGUGAAAACUUCCUAAGGGACAUGUGCAAAAAGUAUGGGGAGGUGGAGGAGGUGGAGAUCUUGUAUAACCCGAAGACCAAGAAACACCUGGGCAUUGCCAAGGUGGUCUUUGCCACAGUCAGGGGCGCCAAGGAGGCCGUCCAACACUUGCAUAGCACUUCUGUCAUGGGCAACAUUAUCCACGUGGAGCUGGACACCAAAGGGGAAACUCGCAUGCGCUUCUAUGAACUGUUGGUCACCGGCCGCUACACCCCUCAGACCCUCCCCGUGGGUGAGCUGGAUGCCGUUUCUCCGAUUGUGAGCGAGACCCUGCAGCUGUCAGAUGCUCUGAAGCGCCUCAAGGAUAGCAGUCUGUCUGCAGGCUGCGGCGGCUCUGGCUCCUCGUCAGUCACCCCCAAUAGCGGCGGGACCCCCUUCUCCCAGGACACAGCUUACUCCAGCUGCCGCCUGGACACACCCAACUCCUAUGGACAAGGCACCCCGAUCACGCCUCGCCUGGGCACCCCUUUCUCCCAGGACUCCAGCUACUCCAGCCGUCAGCCCACACCCUCCUACCUCUUCAGCCAGGACCCCACAGCCACGUUCAAGGCAAGGCGCCAUGAGAGCAAGUUCACAGAUGCCUACAACCGCCGCCACGAACAUCAUUACGUCCACAACUCAGCGGUGGCCGCGGUGGCCGGAGCCACAGCUCCUUUCCGAGGCUCCUCGGACCUCUCUUUUGGGACAGUUGGCAGCAGUGGGGGGACUCCCUUCAAGGCUCAGUCCCAGGAUGCCGCCACGUUUGCCCAUACUCCACCUCCUGCCCAAACAGCCACGGCUUCUGGAUUCAAAUCGGCUUUCUCUCCGUACCAGACUCCAGCACCCCCCUUCCCUCCACCCCCGGAGGAGCCCACCGCCACAGCAGCUUUCGGGAGCCGCGACAGUGGGGAGUUCCGGAGGGCACCUGCGCCCCCACCCCUGCCGCCCGCUGAGCCUCCAGCCAAGGAGAAGCCAGGCACCCCUCCUGGACCCCCGCCCCCCGACAGCAACAGCAUGGAGCUGGGUGGUCGGCCUACCUUUGGCUGGAGUCCUGAGCCCUGUGACAGCCCUGGCACCCCUACUCUGGAGUCCUCUCCAGCGGGGCCAGAGAAGCCCCACGACAGCCUGGACUCCCGCAUCGAGAUGCUGCUGAAGGAGCAACGCACCAAGCUCCCCUUCCUGCGUGAGCAGGACUCAGACCCUGAGAUCCAGAUGGAAGGCAGCCCCAUCUCCUCCUCCUCCUCCCAACUCUCCCCGCUCACCCACUUUGGCACUAACUCGCAGCUCAGCUUCCGAGGCCCCUCGCCGCCCUCCUCGCGCCCCUCCAGCACGGGCCUAGAGGACAUCAGCCCCACACCACUGCCUGACUCUGAUGAGGAUGAGGAUCUGGGCCUGGGCCUGGGGCCUCGGCCCCCGCCUGAGCCAGGCCCCCCAGACCCUAUGGGUCUGCUAGGCCAGACAGCCGAGGUGGACUUGGACCUGGCAGGAGACAGGACCCCGACCUCAGAGCGGAUGGAUGAGGGCCAGCAGUCCUCAGGAGAGGACAUGGAAAUCUCAGAUGAUGAGAUGCCCUCGGCCCCCAUCACCAGCGCUGACUGCCCCAAGCCCAUGGUGGUGACCCCAGGGGCCGGGGCUGUGGCCCCCAACGUGCUGGCUCCAAGCCUGCCCCUGCCCCCGCCCCCUGGCUUCCCUCCAUUACCCCCGCCCCCUCCCCCACCCCCACCACAACCUGGCUUCCCCAUGCCCCCACCUCUGCCUCCACCACCACCACCGCCACCACCAGCCCAUCCUGCAGUGACAGUGCCCCCGCCACCCUUGCCAGCGCCACCGGGUGUCCCACCACCACCCAUCCUUCCACCGCUGCCGCCCUUCCCACCGGGACUGUUUCCUGUGAUGCAGGUGGACAUGAGCCAUGUGCUGGGUGGCCAGUGGGGUGGCAUGCCCAUGUCCUUCCAGAUGCAAACACAGAUGUUAAGCCGGCUCAUGACGGGCCAGGGUGCUUGUCCCUACCCACCCUUCAUGGCUGCUGCAGCCGCCGCCGCUUCUGCUGGGCUGCAGUUUGUCAACUUGCCCCCCUACCGGAGCCCAUUCUCCCUGAGCAACAGUGGCCCAGGACGUGGACAGCACUGGCCACCCCUGCCCAAGUUUGACCCCUCCGUGCCGCCACCGGGCUACAUACCACGUCAAGAGGACCCGCACAAGGCCACGGUGGAUGGGGUCCUGCUGGUAGUGCUCAAGGAGCUUAAGGCCAUUAUGAAGCGUGAUCUCAAUCGCAAGAUGGUAGAGGUGGUGGCCUUCCGGGCCUUUGACGAGUGGUGGGACAAGAAGGAGCGGAUGGCCAAGGCCUCACUGACUCCCGUGAAGUCCGGCGAGCACAAGGACGAGGAUAGGCCAAAGCCCAAAGACCGAAUCGCCUCCUGUCUGCUGGAGUCAUGGGGCAAGGGUGAGGGCCUGGGUUACGAGGGCCUAGGCCUGGGCAUUGGACUGCGGGGCGCCAUUCGCCUGCCCUCCUUCAAGGUCAAGAGGAAGGAACCGCCGGACACGGCCUCUUCUGGUGACCAGAAGCGGCUGCGGCCUUCAACCUCUGUGGACGAGGAAGAUGAAGAGUCGGAGCGGGAGCGGGAGCGGGACAUAGCUGACACCCCCUGCGAACUCACCAAGCGGGACCCCAAAAGCGUGGGUGUGCGACGCCGGCCAGGACGGCCCCUGGAGCUGGACAGCGGCGGGGAGGAGGAUGAGAAGGAGUCCUUGUCCGUGUCCUCCUCUUCCUCAGCGUCCUCAUCCUCCGGAUCCUCCACCACCUCACCCUCAUCCUCUGCCUCAGACAAGGAAGAAGAGGAUCGGGAAAGCACCGAGGAGGAGGAGGAAGAGGAGGAGGAAGCAGAGGAAGAGGAGGAAGAGGAAGGUCCCAGGAGCCGCAUAUCCUCACCCUCAUCUUCCUCCAGCUCUGAUAAGGAUGAUGACGACGACAGCGAUGACCAGAUUGAUUCAGACAUCGAUGAUCAGGGUGCACCGAUGUCAGAAGCCAGCGAGAAGGACAAUGGAGAUUCAGAGGAAGAGGAGGCAGAGAGUAUCACCACCUCAAAGGCCCCGGCUGAGUCGUCCUCCUCAUCCAGUGAAAGUUCUGGAUCGUCUGAGUUUGAAUCCAGUUCCGAGUCCGAGUCUUCAUCUUCAUCCUCGGAGGACGAAGAGGAGAUGACCGUACCUGGGGUGGAGGAAGAAGAGGAGGAGGAAGAGGAGGAGGAAGAGGAGGAGGAGGAGGAGAAAGAGACUGCAAUGGCUGCAGCCACGGUAGUAGCGAUGGCCGAAGAGAGCAUGCCUCCAGCGGGUGGCCUGGACUUUGAGCAGGACAGGGCAGAAGUGCCUCUGGGCCCACGAGGCCCCAUGAGGGAGUCCUUGGGCACCGAGGAGGAAGUGGACAUUGAGGCUGAGGACGAAGCCCCUGAGAUGCAGGCUCCUGAGCUAGAGGAGCCUCCGUUACCCAUGGGUGCUCGGGAGCUGGAAGGGAGCCCAGAGCCCCCAGAAGAGCCAAGCCGCAGCACACAAGGGGACAUGCUGCUCUCUCCAGAGCUCCCUGCCCAGGAGACAGAUGUUCAACCCCCAUCACCGCUGGAACAUGGUCCAGAGUCAGACCUGGACGUGGAGCCCGAGCCCCCUCCGAUGCUCUCCUUGCCCUUGCAGCCGCCAUUCCCGCCCCCUCGACUGCUCCGGCCACCCAGCCCACCACCUGAGCCUGAGACCCCAGAGCCCCCCAAACCUCCCGUUCCCCUGGAGCCUCCCCCCGAGGACCAGCCUCCACGUACCCCAGGCCUCUGUGGCAGCCUGGCCAAGUCACAGAGUACAGAGACAGUGCCAGCCACCCCAGGUGGGGAGCCCCCACUGUCAGGGGGCAGCAGUGGCCUGUCCCUGAGCUCCCCGCAGGUGCCUGGCAGCCCGUUCUCGUAUCCAUCCCCGUCCCCCGGCUUGAGCAGUGGGGGCCUUCCACGGACACCUGGUCGGGACUUCAGCUUCACACCUACCUUCCCUGAGCCCAGUGGACCCUUGCUUCUGCCUGUCUGUCCCCUCCCAACUGGUCGGAGAGAUGAGCGUGCCGGCCCCUUGGCCUCCCCAGUGCUCCUGGAAACUGGCCUGCCCCUCCCACUUCCCCUGCCUCUGCCCUUACCUCUAGCAUUGCCUGUCCCGGUCCUGAGGGCCCAGCCUCGGCCACCUCCCCAGCUGCCUCCCCUGCUGCCCGCUACCCUAGCUCCCUGCCCAACCCCCAUCAAGAGGAAGCCAGGCCGGCCCCGGCGAUCCCCACCGUCCAUGCUGUCCUUGGAUGGGCCUUUGGUCCGGCCACCACCGGGACCUGCCCUUGGGAGGGACCUUCUGCUCCUGCCAGGCCAGCCGCCGGCCCCCAUUUUCCCUAGCGCACAUGACCCUCGGGCCGUGACCUUGGACUUCCGGAACACGGGGAUCCCAGCGCCCCCACCGCCCCUCCCNCCCCAGCCUCCCCCGCCUCCACCCCCACCACCUGUUGAAUCCACCAAGCUACCCUUCAAGGAGCUGGACAACCAAUGGCCCUCUGAAGCUAUUCCCCCAGGACCUCGCCGUGACGAGGUCACUGAAGAGUACGUGGACCUGGCCAAGGUGCGGGGACCGUGGCGGCGGCCACCCAAGAAGCGGCACGAAGACAUGGUGGCCCCGUCGGCCUCGCCCGAACCCUCACCACCCCAGCCUCUCUUCCGGCCCCGCUCAGAGUUUGAGGAGAUGACCAUCCUGUACGACAUCUGGAACGGUGGUAUCGACGAGGAGGACAUCCGCUUCCUGUGUGUCACCUAUGAGCGCCUGCUGCAGCAGGACAAUGGCAUGGACUGGCUGAAUGACACACUCUGGGUCUACCAUCCCUCCACCAGCCUCUCCUCGGCCAAGAAAAAGAAGCGGGAGGACGGUAUCCGCGAGCACGUGACAGGCUGCGCCCGAAGCGAGGGCUUCUACACCAUCGACAAGAAAGACAAGCUGAGAUACCUCAACAGCAGCCGUGCCAGCACAGACGAGCCCCCCAUGGACACCCAGGGUAUGAGUAUCCCAGCCCAGCCCCAUGCCUCUACUCGGGCAGGCUCAGAGCGGCGGUCUGAGCAGAGGCGUCUCUUGUCCUCCUUCACCGGCAGCUGUGACAGUGACCUGCUCAAGUUCAACCAGCUCAAGUUUCGGAAGAAGAAGCUCAAAUUCUGUAAGAGCCACAUUCAUGACUGGGGCCUGUUUGCCAUGGAGCCAAUUGCUGCUGACGAGAUGGUCAUCGAGUACGUGGGCCAGAACAUCCGCCAGGUGAUCGCAGACAUGAGGGAGAAACGGUAUGAGGACGAAGGCAUCGGUAGCAGCUACAUGUUCAGAGUAGACCACGACACCAUCAUCGAUGCCACCAAGUGCGGCAACUUUGCACGCUUUAUUAACCACAGCUGCAAUCCCAACUGCUACGCCAAGGUGAUCACGGUGGAGUCCCAGAAGAAGAUUGUCAUCUACUCUAAGCAGCACAUCAACGUCAACGAGGAGAUCACGUACGACUACAAGUUCCCGAUCGAGGACGUCAAGAUCCCCUGCCUUUGUGGCUCCGAGAACUGCCGGGGGACCCUCAACUAGUCCCCGCGUGCCAAAGGCCGAGGAUGUCAGCCGGAGCCCAGGAGGACCCUCGCUCGCCCUGGGCCAGGCUCCACACCCCCACCCACCCACUUCAGGUGCUGUCCUUCUCCCCAGCAGCCGCACUAGGGCCUGGCGCCCCCCAACACUAUCCCAGGACCCACCCGCAGCCCCAGCCCCGCAGCGGGAAAGGGCUUCUCUGUCUCUCUCCACCUGCGUCUUUCCGUUUUAUAGAUGCUCUUCGCACGCAGGCUUUGUAUCCUUGUGUAUCCGGCUUUCCAUUUCCCCGUCCGUCCGUCCGUCUGUCUUCCCUCCCUGGCUCCAGCCUCAGUCUUUUUCCCCCGCCCCCGAGAAUGCUGCUCUGUGGUAUUGUGUCUCCUCUUUGUUUUCUUCCUUGUCCGAAGAAAAGACUUUUUUUUUUUAACCGUUGAAAAUGUGAAGGCAGAAUCAGAGGAGGAGCCCAGUGGGGGAUCCGGAGGCCUCAGUGAAACUGGGUGUGGGCCCAGGGUCCAGGCUGACCCUGGACUAGGUGCUGCAGGAGGAGGGGGCUCCCGUGGCCUCAACCUCAGAACACUACAGACCCGCAAGGCCCCUCCCUGCCCGUGGAUGCAGCGAGCAGACCCCACAGUUUCUCCCGGCCUGUUCCCCAGUCUGUCCCUGCCCCCCCCUCCCCCCCCGUGGUUGAGGAUGCCCCUUUCCCUUUGGGGGAGCCAAGCUGGUCCCAGACAGGAACUUCCUCUCUGGGGACUCCCAGCUGCCCUACCUACCACCCCCCUCCCCCAAAUCCUUGGGUUCAAUGUUUACUUUCUCAUUCGGAUGCCAGCAACGAUGGAGCCUCCCAGGGUGUCCCCAGUGCGGUGGGGGCGCUGGGAUGGGUGUUUCCACUCUCGGCCACCUUGGCUCUGCCCGGGUGCAGAGGGUGUCAGGGCCCUCAGGGCCUCCCCCCAGCCCUGCCAUUACGGGUUGUCUGACCGUACGCAUGUGACAUUUUUGUUGUUGAUAAGCUUCACCCCAUUACCCCAACCCCCCAACACCCAUGUCACCCUGCUGGAGGCCCCCCCCCGCCUAGGAGGCCAGGGCGUAUUUAUUUCCAUAGCGAGCAGGUGGUUUCUCCCAGAGAAAGGAAGAUGAUCUUGGAAAUGAUAUUAAAUCUCCAUCUUGGACAGCUCCUACCCCCACCCCACCCCCAUCCUCUUCAGGGUUAAUUUCCAUGAAUUUUUUUUUCUUCUCUCGUGUAUAAAAUCAAACUGAAGGGAAGAAAAUUAUUAUUUUGGCGUUCCGAACCAAUCCCUGUAGAUAGACUGCCAUAACAGAUUUUUAUCCUUGGGAACUUUGUUUCUUGUAGAAACAAGUGGGAAGACUUUUUUUUUUUUUCUCAUUUCUUUGUACAUAAAAAAGAAAAAAAAAGAAAAAAAAAAGCAAACCGACCACCAACAACAAAAAGACACACACAGUAACAGCAAGUCCCAUCCCCCCUCCCCGGAAAGCAGAGCAGACAUGUAAAUACUUCUGGACCGUGACUGUUGUGACCCCAGAGUCCUCACCAAGAUGAAGUGCUCCGGGUGGGGCUGACCCCACCCGUGGACCAGGCGGCAGGAGCCUCUUGGUACCUCAGCUUGUGUCAAGCUUUCUUAUCAUGUAAAUUCUGUACAAAGAAUUGUGGUUUUUUUUGUUUUGUUUUGUUUUGUUUUUCCCUUUCUCUUUCUCUGUCAUUGGUGGUUUUGUUGUGGUUUUUUCUUUUUCUUUCUUUUUUUUUUUUCUUUUUUAAAAAUUUUCCACAGGCCCUCUGUGUUUGAGACUGUGCCCACUAAGUCUGAAGGUCAAGAGGAUUAUUACCAUUGGCAAUUAAGACACAAGGGGCACCUGGGCACAUCGCCCACCUACUCUUCCACGUGCAGUUGUCUGCAUAAUUGUGCAAACGAGAAAAAAAAAUUAUUUUUCACAAGAAGAAUAGUAUUGUAGAGAUGGCUUAAUUUGAGUUCCUCGUGCCGCCCGGCUCGCCGGGAGCUUUCUUCCUCUUCCCUACUGACAUCCAUCACAAAGGGAUGAAGACGCCCAGAUGCCAGGGAAGACCUGCCUGGUCCCUGGCAGGGCCUCACUGAGCCCCCGGCAUGGGAUCCACAUGCAUUAACCUUGACUUCAGUUUAGGGUGAGGUGUUGAGCUGACCCUUUCCCAAACCCCUGGCUUCUCUUCCCCACCCACCCCCCAGCACCCCAGGAAGGGUUUGCAAUACUGAUCUGUGGGCCCAUUGAAAGCUUUUGUUAUCAUUGAGUAGAUCUCUUGCUUUUGAAGGGUCAGGGGUUUCUGAUUUUUUUUUUUUUCUCCUCUCCCUGCCCCUGCAAAGAAGAGAACCAAUAAAUUUUAGGGUUGUCUGUGCGUAUAGACUCUGUCAUCUGUAUGUAACUUGUUUUUGAAGAGAAAUGUUUCCGUUGUGGGUGUGUCUUGCUGUAAAUAUUUGUUCAUACUUUUGUGAAUUCAAUACUAUGUACCAUUGUAUUAUAGUAACUUUUAUAAAGCAAACCAUAAAUAUACUGACUUUUCUUACA